CACGGCCAGGCCGGAUGCCCCGUUUAGGAAUAAAGGAGGCAGCUCUGAACGUCACGGCGAUCCCCCGGCACCGAGCAGGCAGCCCGGGUUCGGGCGCUGUUCGCACCGGGGCGGAGCGCGGCGGCGGCUUCCGGCGGCCCCGGUCAGGUUGCGAAAGGGGCAGUUCUGGCAUAUAUCUGAUCUGCACUUAGAUCCAACUUACCACAUCACUCCUGAUCGCACCAAAGUUUGUUCUUCUUCCAAAGGAGCCAAUGCCUCUAACCCAGGCCCUUUUGGAGACUUUUUAUGUGAUUCUCCUUAUGAACUUAUUUUGUCAGCAUUUACAUUCAUGAAGGAUUCAAAACAGCAGGCUUCAUUCAUGAUUUGGACAGGAGAUAGCCCUCCUCAUGUUCCAGUGGAAGAACUCUCCACAAAGUUGGUCAUUAAUAUCAUUGGCAAUAUGAGUUCUACAAUUCAUAGUUUCUUUCCAGAUCUUCAGGUUUUUCCAGCCUUGGGAAAUCAUGAUUACUGGCCACAGGAUCAGCUUCCUGUAACCACCAGUGAAGUUUACGAUGCUGUAGCAGAUUUCUGGAAGCCUUGGCUAACUGAUGAAGCCAUCAGUACUUUCAGAAAAGGUGGCUUUUACACACAACUGUUUGAAUCAAAUGUGAGCUCUGAACCACUCAGGAUAAUCAGUUUGAACACAAAUUUGUAUUACAGCCCAAACCAUGUGACUGUGAAUAUUACAGACCCAGCCAACCAGUUGGCCUGGCUGGAGGGAAUACUAGAAGCCUCUUCACAAAAGAAGGAAAAGGUAUAUGUAAUAGGACAUGUACCAGUAGGAUACUUGCCGUUUGCAAGGAAUACUACAGCUAUCAGAGAAUAUUACAAUGAGAGACUGGUAAAAAUUUUUCGCAAAUACAGUAGUGUUAUUGCUGGGCAAUUUUUUGGACACACACAUAGAGAUAGUAUCAUGGUCCUCCUGGAUGAAGAAGAAAAGCCAGUAAAUUCCUUGUUUGUGGCACCUGCUGUAACCCCAGUGAAGAAUGUAUGGCAAAUGGAGUCCAAUAACCCAGGUGUCAGAUUGUAUCAAUAUGAUCUCCUUAAUUAUAGCUUGCUGGAUCUUUGGCAGUUUUACUUGGACCUCAGAGAUGCCAACAAGAAAAAUGAAUCGAACUGGAAAUUAGAAUACAUCUUGACUAAAGCUUACGGCAUUGAAGACUUGAAGCCAGAAAGUUUAUAUGAAAUGGCCAAGCAGUUGUCUGUGCCACAUAGCAUGUUGUUUGAGCAGUAUUAUAAUAACUUCAUUGUGAGUUAUAACAAAACCAUUGUCUGUGAAGAGGGGUGCAAGACCUGCCAAAUAUGUGCAAUCCAAUAUCUGGAUUAUUCCUCAUACACAGAUUGUAUCAAUCGGGAAGAAGCAUGGCGAUGAAGUCUCCAAUGCAAUUUAUGCUAAAGUUAACCAGAGCCUUUGAUUUAAAGAAUCCUCUCACUCAAGCUCUGAUGCACUGGCACGUAACCUGUGGGACUUCUCUGAGUUUCAGGGGAGUCAUAAAUCUCUCUAGAUCUUCUUGUAAUCACAUUUUCCUUCCAUAUCCAAAUGAAAGUUUAUGGCUAUUCAGGCAUGAGAUUUAUAUAGGGGCAGAUUUCAGUCAUCUCAGAUAUUUUCAAAGCAAAAUUUGUAAAACCUGUGUUUGUUGAGGCUGGAGUGCAGUUACCUUGUUGAUAUGAUGCCACUAUUAGGCAUCUUUCUGUCCCUGUGCCAAGUUUCCUUUUCUAUCUUAAGCUGUUAAAUCCAGCUCUGUUUAGAGGCAUGUUCUAAUGUCAGCAUCAGUGUGACUUAAUGGAUCACAAAACUGCAAACUGAAAAUGCUUAGUGUAAUUUCAGAAUAAGUGUCCAGCACCAAGUGCCUCUUUCCUGUAAUAGGGCUGUGUGUAUUAGUACUGCUUUCAAGCAGUCAGCUGCUAUAAGAUUUUGCAGCACACUGUGAAUUAGGUUUAAAUUGAUCAGUAACAAUCAUUAGACAAAGCAUGUACAUACUAUGUCCAGUACAUGUAAACACAUACUCGUCAUGAUAUUUUUUGGGUUUCUCAGGUUACUUUUUUCAAAGAGCACUCUAUUUCUUAAUGUGAAGCUUAUAAUAUGUAUCAAUUUACAAGUGCACAGACCAUUUAUUGUGAUUGUGUGUGCAAGAUGAUAAUAUUAAAAAGACAGUUUUUCUGCAGUAUGUAACCAAGAACAGUGAGUUAACAGGAAUUUUUUGCAGACUGUGUGAGGAAGUACAGAAAAAUUUCAGUGGUAAAAGGUGAUGAUUCCCUCUAUAUUGAAUAUGUUUCUUGGUUGAGUUUUUCAUGGUUGUGUUCAUUAAAAAAUGCUUCUGUUACCAGUGUCACUUCUCCAAGGGCAAGCAAAGUUAUGGGUGGAUAGUAUGCAGGCAAUAAUAGGACAGCUGAGAUUGCUCCAGUUUGUCAGAUGGGUUUUGUUCAAUUCAGUUUUGUGCUUUGGACGACUGUCUCUUUCAUUGUUCUGGGUUUUUUGCUUUGUUUUGUUUUUUUCUGACUUCUGUUUAAACUUAAUACUACCAAAAAAAAA